UUCAUAUCCGAGCCGUCCGUUUCGAACGCCUCCACCUCGAUUCAAAUCCCGUUGAACCUUCCGGCCAGCCCCACAACUCUCUCUCUCUCUCUCUCCUCCAACGGGCCGCUGCUUAUCACUCCCCCACCCCUCCCACCCAGCCACUCUCUUCGCAGAGAGAGAGAGAGAGAGAGAGGAGGGAGAGAGUUCUAGAAUCUUCUAGAAGGGGUACUGACCAGCCAGGGGCAGCUCGCGGUGCGCCGGGUCGGCGGCGGCGCUGUUUCGGUUCCGUCCUUACUCCUGUUCCUCCACUCCGCCAGAAGAAGCUUCGAGAAGGGGAGGCGGUAGCUUCGCACCAUUCGGCGCUUCGUCAUCCUCCUGCUCACCGCCGCCACCACCUCCGCCUCGACCUUCUCCCCCCCGCUCAGAAUGGUGAGGGAUCUCGGCGCGGUCCGCCGCACUGCGGCGAGGGCUUCCGCCUCGGAAGCCGGGAACGACGAGAACGCGCCGGGCGACGCCUCGGGUGCCGCGGCAGCCGUCGCUGUCGCCGUCGCAGCCACGGAUCCCAACGCGGCCUCCCGGCCUCCGCUGCUCGCCAUCCAGCCGCCCGCUUCCGGUCUGAAGCGGAAGCCCGAGUCGCCGGCGCCGACGCCCUCCAAGCUCCCGUUCCGGACGCCCGAGAAGUCCGCCGCUCGGAGCCGUUUCGGGUGGGUCCCACCCCGCGGCGAGGAGCUGCCACCGCGGGCGGGAGGGUGCGCGACCCCGUACAGUGCGAUGACGACUCCCCGUGCGCAUCGCGGCAAGGCUGCGGCGGCCGUGCCGGCGGCCUCGGAGAGUGGGUCCACGCAGAGCACGCCGACGAAGAGCGUGACCAAGCCGGCGUACGGCGUCGGGAUGAGCGGGUCGAGGCCGCCCAUGAGCGGUGGGCCCAGGGGGUCAGGUUUUGUGUUGGGGUUCUCGGCGGCAGGGAGGGGAACGCCGCUGUCACUUGGGCCGGGGACGGUGGUGAAUUCCGCAGAGGUGCCGCAUUUUGAACUCAGAGAGGACCCCUCUUUCUGGAUGGAAAACAAUGUACAGGUUGUUAUCCGUGUGCGCCCUCUAAAUAAUACUGAGAAGAACAUGCACAGUUAUAAUCGAUGCUUGAAACAAGAAAGUGCGCAGAACAUCACAUGGAUUGGGCAGCCUGAAACCCGUUUUAUAUUUGACCAUGUUGCUUGUGAAACAGUGGAUCAGGAAGUUCUUUUCCGAGUUGCUGGUUUACCAAUGGUUGAGAACUGUAUGGCUGGAUACAAUAGCUGCGUCUUUGCUUAUGGACAGACUGGAAGUGGAAAGACGUACACAAUGCUUGGCGAAAUAAAUGAUCUGGAAGUGAGGCCUAGUCUAGACCGAGGGAUGACACCACGCAUUUUCGAGUUCUUGUUUGCGAGAAUUAGAGCGGAAGAAGAGAGCAGGAGGGAUGAGAAUCUCAAAUACUGUUGCAAGUGUUCUUUCCUGGAGAUUUAUAAUGAACAAAUUACAGAUCUUCUUGAUCCUUGUUCCUCAAACCUCCCCCUCCGAGAAGAUACAAGGAAGGGAGUGUACGUUGAAAAUUUGACUGAAUUUGAAGUUGGCUGUGUCAGUGACAUAAUAAAACUCUUGAUGCAGGGUUCUGUGAAUAGGAAAGUGGCUGCUACAAAUAUGAAUCGUGAGAGUAGCCGCUCUCACAGUGUUUUCACGUGUAUCAUUGAGAGUAGGUGGGAAAAAGAUUCGACAUCGAACUUACGAUUUGCAAGACUGAAUCUUGUUGAUCUUGCUGGGUCAGAAAGGCAGAGGACAUCUGGUGCUGAAGGUGAGCGGCUGAAGGAAGCUGUUAAUAUUAACAAAUCAUUAUCAACACUGGGUCUUGUGAUAAUGAGUUUAGUUGAUCUUGCGCAUGGGAAACAAAGGCAUGUUCCUUAUAGGGACUCAAGAUUAACAUUUCUUCUCCAAGAUUCACUUGGAGGAAACUCAAAAACAAUGAUCAUUGCAAAUGUCAGCCCUUCAACAUGUUCUGCUAAUGAAACACUUAGUACCCUCAAGUUUGCUCAGCGUGCAAGGCUCAUUCAAAAUAAUGCGGUGGUGAAUGAAGACGCUUCAGGAGAUGUGCUAGCUUUGCAACAUCAGAUACGUCUCCUAAAGGAGGAGCUUGCUGUCCUCAAACGUCAACAUGUCACUAGAUCUUUAUCAUUCACUGCUGAUAUUUUUGAAAGAUCCGGAGGUGAUGUUGAUGACGGUAAUGAUGCCCAGAACAGAAGCUCUCUGCAAGAUUUAAGAAUUUCAAAUAAGCAACUGAUAUCACUGGAAGAAGCACUAGCUGGGGCAUUACGCAGGGAGUCAGUAGCAGAAAAUACUGUAAAGCAACUUGAAAUUGAAAUUGAGCAGCUGAACCGAUUGGUUCGCGAGAGAGAGGAGGAUACAAGGUGUGCUAGGAUGAUGCUAAAAUUUCGAGACGAGAAGAUUCACAGGAACGAUGCUCUCGUUCAGGGCAAAUUGUCAGCUGAAUCAUAUCUACUGGAAGAAAACAGAACUUUGUCACAAGAAAUUGAGUUGCUUCGUGCAAGAGUUGACAAAAAUCCGGAAGUAACUCGUUUUGCGCUAGAAAAUAUUCGUCUCUCAAACCAACUGAAGAGGUCUCAACACUUCGACAAUGCUGGGGAGAGGGGAAUUUUGUUGAAUGAAAUUUCUGAGCUUCGAAAUCAGGUUUCACAAUUACUUGAAGGGAGGAUAGAAACUGAGAACCAAAAUAACUUUUCCACCAAAUUCGAGAACAUCCAAUGGCAGCGCUCUACUUUAGCCUGUGAUGCUGAAAUUUUACCUAUGGAGGUUUCUUCUUGCCCUCCAGAGAAACAUUUCAAAAGGACCAGCGAAGAGUUAGAAACAUGUAGGAGCGAGCUGCAAGUUUGCGUAGAAUCAAAUAGAAAACUAACAAGGGAAAUAGCUGAUCUACAAAAAGAAUUAAGUGCUAUCAAAAUCUCAAAGGAGGAACACACUAAUGUAUUUGAGACUUUUUCAUCACUCAACCAAUAUGAUUCUCACGCACAUGCAAAGAUGGAAGAUUGUUCUGAUGAGGGUUUCAUGAAGAUAGAAAAUGAAGAUAUAUUAAACCUGAAGCUAGAGUUGGACAUACUUAAAACAAUUCUUGCGGAAGAGAGAACAGCCCGAGUAGAAGUUGAGGCAAAAUCAGCUGGUUUAGGUGAUGAGCUGAAGAAGAAUAAUCAGCAAAGCAUAGAGCUUCUGAAGAAGAGGGAUAUGGAAAUCUCAAGGUUAAACAAUGAACUUGAUGUCUACCGUAGACAGGAAUACUAUGCCAAUGAAGAGCCCAAAAUGCAACUUCUGAAGUGUUUGGAUAAUGAAGAUUCACCUUUGCAGAGAAAGCUGAAAAGAAUGCAAGCUUCACUUGAGAAGGCGCGCAGCUCAAAUGCAAGGUACCAAAGAGAUCAGGCAUCUCACUGUUCUGCUGAGAAAGAAAUGGAUGAAAUACGUAGACAGGUGGAGGUUGAAACAACUGAAGUGAUUAUGUGCUUACAAGAAGAGCUGAUAUCACUCCAACAGCAGCUAGAUGCAAGCAACAAAAAUGAUUUGUUGGCCAAACAGAGCCUAGACGAGCUUCAGCUAGAAAAAAAGCAGUUGAACGAUAGGCUACUUGAGGUGUUGAAAGAGAAUGAAAUCUUUUCUUGUUUAAUCGAGGAAAAAGAAAAGGAAAUUGAACAGUUGACUAAUGACUGGGACAGAUUAGCUGCUGACAUUGGAAGUUAUCUUGUGGAUGGAAAUGCAGCGCUAGAUGAAGCUUCUGAUCAGGUUUCCUUUAUCUCCAAAUCCAUUUCUCAAAGAAAAUGGGUUGAGGAUCAAGUCCAGAAGAUGUGUCGUGGUAUAUCUGAAAGAGAUGAGCUACUUGAGGAGCUUCAAAACAGGUUGAAAGAAGCAGAUGAUAUAAGAUGUGACUUGGACUUGAAGUUGAGAUCCUUAAGAGGAGCAAUGCAGGCUGUAAAUGAAGUGCAUCAACAGGAAAAAAAUGAUCAAGAAAAAGAAAUUUAUCUUUUGAGACUACAAGUAUCUGAACAAGGACACGUGAACAAUCAGCAGAUUGAGGAAAUUCACAGAAUAGAGCUUUUGUUGGAUGAAUCCAUCGAAACAUUUGUGCAGAAGGAGGUUCUUGAACAAAUCUAUGUUUCUUUACAUAGGGGGAUGGAAGUAGAGAUUCGUCACCUUGAGUCACAAUUAGACCAGUCAAAGAAAUACUUAGCUCAAUUAUUGAGUCAGACUCAGGACAAGGAGCAGGCUUUUGAGAGGCUGAAAAAUGAAGAGAACACUGUUUUGUUAAGGUUGAUGUCAGAUGUCUUGAAGGCAAAGGGUAUUAUAUAUCAAUGUGGAGUUGGAAUCAAUACAUUGCAGUCCAGCCUCUCUGUGGGCCCUGAAGAGGUCGUUUGUCAAAAUUCAGACUUGAACUUGGAGGAUCGGGUUGAUCUUAAAAUGCCGGGAGUCUUUCAAACUGUGGAGCAGCGAAAUGCUGAGGUCCUUUACCAACUUAGUAAUGAAACGGAGUCUGCAGUUCAGGGACUGCAGAUGCUUCAGUCUAAAAUGGCUAAUCUUUUACAAGAAAAAGAAAAUGUGAAGGAAUGUCAUUCCCAGAGUCAAAGGACAAUUGUAGAUCUAAGUGCUGAAGUCCUUAAAUUGAAUUCAGAUAUCAGUGAUAAAGAAAGUUACUACAUUGCUAAGCUGAAAGAAUUGGAGAUGAAGAUGCAAGAAAAGGAUGAUGAAGCUACAGCAUCACUUAUUUCAUGGAGUAAAGAGAAAGAGGCACUUGAACAUGAGGUUUCAGAGGCAAAGGAUCUUGCAGUCCAGAAAUCAUUUGAGGCUUCUACUAUUAUAGCCAAGUUUGAAGAAGCACAGGCAACUAUAAGUGAUGCAGACGCUACGGUGAAAGCACUGGUGGAUGCGAAUAAAAACUUAAAACUCCAAGUAGAAAGGUACAAAGAAAAGGAAGCUUCUUUUAUUGCUGAAAAGAAUGGCAUGCUAAGUGAGAUUAAUAGUUUGGAGAUGCUGCUGGAUGUGAAGGAACAAAGUUACGAGCUUACGGUAAAGAAAUUCCAGUCAAGCCUACUUGAGGCAAAUGAGCUAGCUCUUGAGCUGGAAGAUGACAUUAGACUUCUGCAGAAUUUGUUAUCGGAGAAGCUUGAAUUUGUUUCUUCUGAUGUUGAAUGGAUGAAGACAAAGCUUCAGCAGUUUGCAGAAUUGGCUAGAACUUGGUUAGAGGAUAAUUGGUUGGAGAUCAUUGGAAAAGAUUGCGCCAUUUCUGUUUUGCACCUCUGUCACAUGGGGAUUCUUUUGGAGAGAAUCACAGGGCUGAAUGCAGAAAAUGGUUUCCUUCAACGUGGGCUCUGUGCAUCUAAUUCUUUGAUAUCUAAACUGCGAGAACAUAAUGACAAAGCCAAGAAUGAACUGGAGAUGUGCAGUGUUCUCAAAGGAAAGUUAUUACUUGACGUCAACCACAGUUUUACUCGUGUUGCCAAGAAGGAACAAGAAACAACCGAAUUAAAUUCAAGAUUAGAUUCUUUUGAGAAGAAGAUUCUGCAUUUGCAAGCACAAGAAGAAGCAAUGAUGGCACGGUCAAAUUCCAUGUAUAGUGAACUCUCCGUUUUGAUUGAAGAGAUUGAUGCUACAAACAGGAGCGCCUUGGCAGCUGAAUCCAAAGAAAAGGAAGAGCUGCGCCACCAAUUGGAUGAAGCUUUGCAUCUCAAUGGAAUAUUAAAGGAAAAAAUGCUUGUGGAAUUGAAUCUGCUUCAAAUGAAUAAAUCCAUACCGUUAAAUGAGAUUAAAGGGUGCAAUGAAUUUGACUUGUGCAAUUGGCUCGUAGAUUAUCGAAGUGAUUUGGUGAUGACUGAUACGAUUGCAAAGGAUAUCGAGUCUACUGUUUUGGCUUUGGAACUGAAGCAACACAAACUACAGCUGCAAAAACAAAGAGUUAUGUUUACUGACGUCCUUGAAGGAUUGAAGGCAGAAGCAACUUUGUGGAAAGUUGACCAGGAUUUGGAAAAUAUUGCAAUCUUCACUUUAAGUCAGGAGAACAGUGAGAUUAGAAUCGAUUUGGAGAACCUGAAGCAAAAUAGUGAUGAAGCUAUGGAAAAUGUGCAUGCCAUGAACAAGGAAAAUACAGAACUUAAAAAUUUAAUUGCCUCCUUGGAAUCUAGCAUCAUAUCCUUUCAAACAGAUUUAGAUGUGAAGAACAAAGCUUUGAUGGUGUUGGAAUGCUCCCAUGCAACCAUACAUAGGGAGUUGGAACUGAAAACCGAAGCCAUUAGUAUCAGAAUUGCAAGAGAAAAUGAUUUGAGUUCUGAGAAUGAAACGUUGAAGCAGAAAAUUCUUGAUAUUUUGAGCAAGGAAAAGCGGAUUGUCGAAUUGGUGGCUAAUAUUGAGGCUGAUAAGUUAUUUGUCACCAUUGAAGGCCGCUUCCAACUGGUUACUGAUUAUGUACAGAGCUACAUUAAUGAGCAAAGAAACAUUGUGAGCAAGUUAUCCAAUGAGUUUGACAUUAUUAAAAAAUCAGCUGAGGAGUUAAGCACCCGGAAUUCUCUUCUCCAGUCUGAAUUAAUUAGGAAAGAUGAAUUAGCAAAGGGCUUGUCAUUUGAUCUUAGCCUGUUACAGGAGUCAGCAUCCAUAGCAAAAGAUCAAGCAGAGGAACUUAUUGAGUUGGCAAAAGAAAAACAAUCUUUAGAACAAGCGCUUGCAUCUAAAUCGCUUGAAUUUGAUGAUGUUGUUUCUGAUAGGCAAUUAUUAGAAGCUCAAAUCUUGAAGAAUAAUGAAAAGGUUGUUACCCUAGAGGAAGAGCUAGCAACAAAGUUUGAUGAACUAAAUUUAAUUUCUAUGGAGAAUGCUGAAUUGAAAUCACAACUCAAGCAUAUUGAAGGGAUCAGUUACACUAUGGAGGAGGAAUUAGCUGAUAAAAGUGAAGUCACUGGGAGACUUGAAGAAGAGUUGAUUGAGCUGAGAAGUUUAAUUAAUGAAAGGAACAUCUAUUUUCAGAGUUUGCAGAAUGACUUCUCCAAACUUUCGGAUGAAAAGCAAUGCUGUGAAACUCAGGUAGUUAUCUUGAAAGAGAAGCUGGAAAUGGCUCAGGCACUUGCAGAAGAAAGUGAAGCAAUUGCUACAGAAUCUCGACAGAUAGCGGAGGAAAGGAAGGCAUAUGCUGAAGAGAAGGAUGAAGAAGUCAAGUUAUUGGAGAGAUCAAUUGAGGAGCUUGAGAGUACUGUAUGUGCUUUGGAAAACAAGGUGGGAAUCAUCAUGGAAGAAGCAGAACGACAAAAAAUGCAACGAGAAGAACUAGAAGUGGAGCUGCAGAAAGUCAGGGAACAAAUGCUAGCUGUGCCACCCUCUGCAAAAUCAUGGAGCUUCCAGGAAGAUGGAGCGGUUGAUUUAGCUGACUCAUCCAGGCAGCCAAGAGAUAUACAUAAUGAGCUACUGAGUGCUCAGGAGAAUAUAAGAAUACUUGAAAAGGAGGUUUCUGAAAAGGAAUCAGAGAUUGCUCAGUGCAAGGCACAUAUCUCAGAGAUAAACAUUCACGCUGAUGCAGCAGCACGAGAAUACAUGCAGAAGUUGAUGGAGCUGGAGGCCAUGGCACAACAGGUUCAGACAGAAAAUUACUCAGCAAAUGCUUGCUCUUUGAGGCAAGAGAAGAUUAGUUCAAAACCUCGGGGUUCAGGUUCUCCAUUUAAAUGUAUUGGCAUUGGCUUUGUACAACAAGUGAAUUCUGAGAAAGAUGAAGAGCUUAGCGCUGCAAAACAACGUAUUGUGGAACUUGAGGGCAUAGCAGCUAGUCGGCAAAGGGAGAUAUUCAUGUUGAAUGCAAGAUUAGCUGCCACAGAGAGCAUGACGCACGAUGUGAUUCGUGAUAUGCUAAGUGUUAAAAUGAACAUGACAACUUGUGCGGCACUAGUUGACAACCAGCAACAGAUGGAGACAAAAGAGCCCGUUAUUUCUCAAGCUCAUCAAUCUAAAGAGCAGUCCAAUGAGCUGAUGAAGUUGAAGAAGCAGCUUGAUGAAUUCAUUGAAGAGAGACAGAGUUGGCUUGACGAAAUGAACCAGAAACAAUCAGAACUUGGAGCUGCCCGCAUUACUAUAGAGAAGUUACGACAACGAGAACACUUUAUGGUUGCUGAAGUAGAGUUGCUAAAGGCUGAGAAUUCAAACUACAAAACCAUCAUCCUUAAUCUUGAAGAUGAAGUGAAGAAGCUUACCAGACAACAGAAUCUUCAGCUGCGAAUUAAUCAUCAUGUCAAAACAAAGGAGGAAAAUAUCCUGUUGAAAAGGCAGAAUGAUGAGUUAAGUGCAAAGCUGCAACAGCUUGGGGCCAUCCUUGCCCGUACAAAGGAAGAGCUUGCCCGAUACAGGGUUUCAGAUGGAAAAGAUCCAUACGAGCAGAUAGAACAAGAAGAGCUUUUGAGGAAGAAAUUAGAUGAAAGCGAACAAGAUAGAAGCAAACUCGCAGAAAAUCUAUCGAGUUUAUGUACCAGCAUUCUGAAGGUAGCUGGAGUUAGAAAACCUGAAUCUGACGCGAGUCUUUUGAAAGCACUGGAAUGCUUAAAUCAACUCCAGUACCGCAUUGGUUCUUUGGAAAGUGAAGUUGAGGAUCUAAAGUUAAAGUGCAAACUAUUGCAUGAAAAAACCCGUUUAUCCGAGCUCCGGAGCGACUCGUCAUCUUUGUGUUCAGGGGCGAAGGACGGCUCGGCAUCACCAAGCCUGUGUAGAUCUCCAAGCAUUUCGUCUUUCCCGUGAUACCGCGGCGCGAUGCAGCCGAUACAAGUGUACAUAAUUUGUUCUCUGUUACUACUAGUUAGUCUCCAGCUAACAGCUACCUGUAGGUCUCAUGCAUCUCCUAGUACAGUCAAAUUGCUAGUAGGCAGGAUUAGAUUCAAUUAAUCCAGCAAUCUCCAUUGCUGAUGUUGUAUCCGCUGACCCAUUUGCACAAUAUUCAUAUUCAAUGAAAUUCAG